CAUUGUAUUAUUUGUCUGCAUCAAUUGAUGUGGUGUUGAAGAGCAACUUUUAGUUUUAGUGUAACCAUUUGUUUGGGAUUGUUAUUUAUAAUAUUUUACGACAUAAAAAAGUUGGUUCGUUUUUAGUAAGUGUUCUGUAAAACGCAUUUUUUAAGAAACUGUUCGAAGAAUGGAGGGUUUCGACGAUGCUGGAUUAUUUUUCUCUGAUAACUUUGGUGAUGAACAGCAAAGCGCUGGUCAGGUCAAUUUAAAGGCAGUGAAAAGGAAAUUUAAAGAGUUUUUACGUCAAUUCCAUGAAGGCAAUUUCAACUACAAAUACAGAGAUGCAUUGAAACGUCAGUAUAACCUCGGUCAGUAUUGGUUGGAAAUAAAUAUUGAGGAUUUAGCAAGUUUUGAUGAAAACCUUGCUGAUAAAUUGUACAAACAACCAACAGAACACUUACCAGUGUUUGAGGAAGCAGCUAGAGAAGUUGCAGAUGAAAUCACAGCUCCCAGACCAGAAGGUGAAGAACAUGUGGAAGACAUCCAGAUUUUACUGAACUCAGAUGCACUUCCUACAUCGCUUCGAAAUGUCAAGUCAGAGCAAGUUUCUCGAUUAGUCAAGAUCCCAGGAAUUAUUGUGUCAGCAUCGGGUAUCCGGGCCAAAGCUAUCCAGAUAUCCAUCCAAUGUCGGUCCUGCAGGACAGUAGUUCCAAACCUCCCGGUUCGGCCCGGACUGGAUGGUUAUGUCUUGCCAAGAAAAUGCAACACAGAGCAAGCCGGCCGACCAAAAUGCCCAUUGGACCCUUACUUCAUCAUGCCAGACAAAUGUUCCUGUGUCGACUUCCAGGUGUUGAAGCUGCAGGAAUUGAAUGACUCUAUUCCUCAAGGAGAAAUGCCUCGCCAUCUCCAGCUUUAUGUGGACCGGUAUCUCUGUGAAAGAGUAGUUCCAGGCAAUAGGGUUGUUAUCCUUGGCGUAUUCUCUAUCAAGAAAGUAUCCAAAUCUAAGAGAGGUGGAGGUGGCAAGGAAAAGUCGAUUGUGGGUGUGCGGGCACCAUAUAUGCGAGUGGUGGGGAUUCAAGUGGAUGAUGGAGGAGCGGGGAAAUCCACAACGGGUGCUGUCACUCCUGAGGAGGAGGAUCUGUUCCGCCGACUAGCAGCGUCACCCGACAUUUACGAACGAUUGUCCAAGUCCAUCGCACCCAGCAUCUUCGGUUCAGCUGAUAUCAAGAAAGCCAUCACCUGUCUCUUGUUUGGAGGUUCCCGUAAAAGAAUGCCUGAUGGCUUGACACGACGAGGGGAUAUCAAUAUGCUGCUAUUAGGAGACCCUGGCACUGCCAAGUCCCAGCUGCUCAAGUUCGUAGAGAAAGUAUCCCCUGUGGGAGUGUAUACUUCAGGCAAGGGCUCCUCCGCAGCUGGUCUCACAGCAUCUGUCACCAGAGACCCUGCCACACGCAAUUUCGUCAUGGAGGGUGGAGCAAUGGUGUUGGCUGAUGGUGGAGUCGUAUGUAUUGACGAGUUCGACAAGAUGCGAGAGGAUGACAGAGUGGCCAUCCAUGAAGCUAUGGAACAACAGACCAUAUCUAUUGCCAAGGCAGGAAUCACGACCACACUCAACUCCCGAUGUUCCGUGCUGGCUGCAGCCAACUCUGUGUUCGGCCGUUGGGAUGACACAAAGGGAGAGGAAAACAUCGACUUCAUGCCAACCAUUCUGUCCAGGUUCGACAUGAUAUUCAUUGUCAAAGACGAGCAUGAUGAAAAAAGGGAUGUGAUACUGGCGAAACACAUCAUGAAUGUCCACCUGACAGCAGGACAAACUUCUGAAGCAGCAGACACGGGUGAACUCUCCCUUAACUUGAUCAAGAAAUACAUCAAUUAUUGCAGGAGGCGGUGUGGUCCAAGAAUGUCAGAGGCUGCUGGAGAGAAACUGAAGAACCGAUAUGUAUUGAUGCGUGGAGGCACACACGCUCACGAGAUUGAGAGUGAGAAGCGGCUCUCCAUUCCUAUCACUGUCAGACAACUUGAGGCAGUCAUCCGUAUCGCUGAGUCUCUGGCCAAGAUGCAGCUACAAGCUUUUGCGACGGAAACACACGUUGAUGAAGCUCUCAGACUUUUCCAGGUUUCAACUUUAGACGCUGCCAUGUCAGGCAGUCUUGCAGGUGCGGAAGGAUUUACAACUGAAGAAGACCAAGAAGCUUUAACUAGAAUAGAAAAACAACUAAAGAGACGGUUUGCAAUUGGCUCUCAGGUCUCUGAGCAUAAUAUUGUGCAAGACUUCUUAAAACAGAAAUACCCAGAGCGUGCAAUCUACAAAGUGAUCCAUACGAUGAUUAGACGAGGAGAACUGCAGCAUCGCAUGCAACGCAAGAUGUUGUACCGUCUUCAGUAGUCACAGCUCACUACGGAAUGGAUAUUCCGAAUGUUUCUCCACACUGUAACGUCUCAUAUUGUACAACCAGUUUAUAGGUCCUUAAUAAACUUUACUUAAGUUUUAAAAACCUUUUCUUGUUUUUUGGAGUUUUAUUUACAAAGAAUUAAAGAACUAUGUAUAGAAUUUUAUCAAAAGCUUUUUUAAUAUUUUAUUUUAAAAGAAUUAUUGGUGUAAGUUACUUUUUAGUUGUAAUUUCUUGCCCAUAAUGAGUUUUUUCAAUUGCUCAAAUUUUGGGUUCACUAUAAAUCUGUACAUUGUACCAAUAAACCUUAAAAUUUGUUUUCAUAGUAAUAUAAGUUCAUGAUCACCUACUCUAAUUUUCAUUGUAACAUGGAAACAAAGUAAAAAAGUAAAUUUUAUAUUCUCUAAAACUUUUAAGGAAUAUAUUGUUACACUGUCACCUCUUUUUAUUAUUAUUUUGAAUUUUAUUGAACAUACGCAUAUGGAUAAGCUGUGGGACUUGGAUUGUUUAUGUUGAUUUUGAACAGUAAAAUGUUUAAAAUAUGAAAAUACAAA